CUUAAAUUAGCGAAUCCAUAAAACGCGUAAAUAUCCAGCAGGUACCACCUCAACCAAACCUGAAAUCUUCUUCACCAACUCGUCAUUGCUCCUUCCUCCUUUUAUCUCCCAUCUUUCCUCUCAGACCACAAACGCGCCUUCUCUCACAAACCACAACUCUACAACCUCCAAAAUGCACACCACCACAACCCUCCUCACAGCGCUCACCAGCGCCAGCCUCGCCCUCGCCGGCCCGGCACCCGCACCACACCCUCCCCUUGUCACGCCGGCGCCGAUGGUCCAGGCGGUCGCCGCCCGGCUCGGGGUGCGCCAGUUCCGGCCCUCGUCCGCAGAGGCCGACUUUUCCAAGUCGACCGAGUGCCUGCGCGAGUACACCUCGCUCGCCGAGUCGGCCCCGCGCGAGACCAGCAACAGGGAGCUGGCGCGGUGGAUGGUGUCGGCGGCGUCGCCGAUCGCGGACGCCGUCACGGCGACCGAGAUCGACGACUCGCUCACGUCGGUCUGCGACGCCAGCGUGACGGCCAUCACCCCGCCGGCCUCCCUCUCGAGCGCCUACUCCACCUACCGCGAGAGCGCCGACUCGUGGCUCACCAGCGUUGCGCCCUCCGCCAGCAGCGUCGCCCAGAGCUGCGGCGGCCAGAUCGGCUCCCUCAUCCAGCUCCUCGUCAUCACCGACGGCGAGAGCUGCACCAAGGCCGUGCUCGGCAUGGUCGACGCCAUUAACGGCGAUGACGGUGCCACCACCACCACCGGAGGCGAUAGCGCUUCGGCCACGCAGACGACUGCGCCGGAGGAGACGGAGACGAACAGCGCGGGCGGCGAUGGUGAUGAUGAUGCCGAUGAUAACAACGAUGGUGAUGACGACUCGGGCAAUGGAAACGGUGACUCGGACGAUGGAAACGACGACGCGGAUGACGGCUCGGCUGGCGCUGCCGAGACCACAAGCACCUCCACCGCCGGCGUGCCGAGGGAGACGGGCAUGAUGGGCGUUGCGGCCGCGGCCGCCGUCGCCGUGGCUGGUGUUGUCGCGGCGCUCUAAGAGAGCUCGCUUGACUGGGCUUUGGGUCGGCAGAGGGCUGUGCGGUAUUGGCGCAUGCACUCAUGAUCUUGGGCACCCCAUGGCUGUUAUCUCAGACGAAUCUCGACGACUUACAGCAACCAUGGCUCGCCACAACUCAAACAAACCAAAUCUGAAGGCGUAUUUGACUUGAUUGGGCUAAUAUUUGAUUGGAGUUGACUAAAUUUGAUCUGUUUAACAGCAGUUAACUAAAUCCUAAUACUAUAUGUAACCCUAACUCCCAUUAUACGCUCAUGCCCUUUCUACCUUAACAGCCAUUAAAUACGCGAAACUAUAUAAAAAUGAACUUGAAUCAAAUAA